CGGAGUUGUUCCUCUCCUCCAACUAUCUCCCACUUGUUCGCAAUCAUCGAAUUUUAUCGUCGAGAGGCCCUUCCAGGUUGUUAGUGAUUAUUUACUUGCCCAUAAACUGUUAGAUCAGCCAAUUCCCUCCCCAGAGUUACCGCGCACACUGUUAUGAGCCUUGAGGCUCGCAUCUCAACAACUACAACGAUCAACAAAGUGGUUCAGCUAAACCGGAUAAAGAUCCGGCGAGUUUGUGGGGAUAUAUUCAUACUAUCAAAUAGAGACUCCAUCAAUUUGGGGCAUUCUACCAGUAACUGCUUCAGCGCAGCAACCGGGCCCUUAGCACCAUGAAUGUAGCAGAGAUCUUAUCCGAUCUGACGUCUCUACGUGCCUGUGACUACAAUGAUGCCCUCAACCUAGUCACGGUCAAUGAAAGGCUCACGAAAUCGGAGACAGCGCCCAAGCCUGUACAGGCAGAGGCGGCUAAUGAACACCUCCGUCUUGCAUCCGAGCUAGUGGAGUUACACCAUGAGAUGAAGGCAGUCCACAAGGAUGGCCGAGUAGAUGACCAGCUGCGCCGUGGAAGAGAGGAAGUGAACCGUGUCUUGCGGGAGCUGGCAUCGCCGGCAUUGCACUAAUAGCACCCUCAUGUGCGAGUUAGAGGCCUUCUGAAGCUACUAAAUACCUUUACGUGUAUAAUAAUGAUGAUAAUGAACAAUUUAUGGUCAAACUAUAGAGAAUCGGAGGUGCAAUACAGAGUAUAGUAAAAGAAGCUG